AUGGCUGGAGCGUCGUCGCCCGUCUCAAUCGGCAAAGGCAAGGGGCGGUCGGAGGAUCCACCUGUUCUUCCACCUCUUGCUUUCACGCCAAUGGAGGUUGGGUACGGUCGUAUCGACUGGCCGAGUCCAUCUAGCGCAUCGGGUCCCUCUCCUUCAUCCGUGGGUUCCGGCUAUCUGUCCACUCAUCACCCUGUUACCUCAGAAGAGCACCCCAGUAGUCCCGGAAGCCCUUGUCAGCCCUCCAUCCCCCGCCACAGACGAUCACUCUCCGACUUGUCGAUACAUUCCGCUCGUUCCUUGUCAGCGCUGUCGCUGUCGAAGAUUCGCGUGAAGCUGGGUUCGUCCCGGAAAUCGGGUACAACCAGGAUGGCCUUGUUUGGGAGGCCAAAAGGUUACGGAUCCCCGUCGAAUCUUGCCACCUCCACUCCAGGCUCUCCGGAGAUCGUCAAUCCUGAAGGGAUUCCUGACGACACCUUCACGAUUGAAGUAGGACACGGCGGGGGCUGCUUUUCACCAUGUAUCGGAGACCUCAGGGUCAGCCCUAACAUUGAAGGCCUCAUAACGUCCGUUGGCGAAUCUCCCUAUCCGCCUUAUCGACCUUCCCACGAAGUUGCUGUGCUGAAGGGAAAGACUCGCUCUUACUCCUCUCCAUUUCCCUUGUCGGCUGCGCAAUCUCCCUUGCUAUCAGUACCAGCAGCAGAAGUCUCGGUCCCUGUACCGGUUCCAGUUCACAACUACUUCGAGGAGUGGCUUCCCCGAGAGUUGCAGCUAUAUGUCUUGUCCACUGUUGUCGAUCUUCACGAGAUGGAACGAAGGAGACUGGAAGGAGGUAAAACAUGGAGUGUUCGCAGGGCCGAGUCUCCGAAGUAUAGAUAUAUGGGCAGGGAUAAGGGAAUCCGUGAGCUGGUCAAGUUCAGCAGGGUUUCCAAGUAUUGGCAAUCACUGGUGUUCGAUGGGGCCCUCUGGAAGAAUUUCGACUUCCAUUCCUUCUCGAAAACAACAGCGUCUGCACUACUGCGCGUGGCGCAGAUGGCCGGCACGUUUACUACGAGAGUGGAUCUAUCGGGUCAUGCGCAUUUAUCUCCUUCUACUCUCCAGGCCGUGACGGAUCAUUUUUCUCUUCGCCCUGCGCAUAUCACAGGAGUCGCGUAUACCAGACUCACUCACGUCAAACUGUUCGGGUGUUCGUCAUUGACGACCAGAUCGUUGCAAAACCUGUUAAUGCAUUCCCCGUCGCUGGAGCAUCUCUGCGUCAAAGGUAUUGCGGCGGUGACGGACUUCAUCUGCGACCUCCUCGCCGUGUAUUGUCCCGCGUUGAUGUCGCUCGACAUGAGCCGAUGCCCGAACCUUAGUGGUGCCGGCAUCCGAAGAAUGUCGGACUCCGUUAUCAUUCGAGGGGAGCGUUUGCGCUUGAGGGAGCUGCGUUUGUCUGGCAUCAACUUCGUGGACGACAACGUUAUGGAGGCUCUCGGGAGGGCUGCGCCUAAUCUGGAGGUUCUCGACCUUAGCUACGCUCGGCAUCUCCACAACUCAGCGAUCGCUGCAUUCGUGAAGGUUUCGGAGGAUGAUGACAUUGAUGGACAGCAUUCAGUCUUGCUCACUCCUCGAGAGGCAGGACGGGAUCCAACCGAGUCCGCGAAGUAUAGGAGACGUGUCACAGCACUCCGCCACCUCAACCUCUCAUCCUGCAUGUGGUUGACGGAUGUUGCCUGUUCGAACCUUGCCCAUGCCGUUCCUAGACUCGAGUUCCUCGAAAUCGCCGGCAUCGGCGCUGAAUUGAAAGAGGAGGGUCUCAUCCACCUUCUGAAGACGACUCCUCUCAUCAGGAAACUUGACCUAGAGGACGCCUCUGCGGUCACGGACAAUCUGAUUGACGCCCUCGCACCCGAUGCCGAGGGUUCAUCGCAGAAGACCGGAACGACAUCCCCACCACGCACAGGCGAGCGGCUUGAGCAUCUCAUCAUCUCGUACGCAUCCGCCGUCACGGACGAGGCUCUGCUCAACCUCAUCCGGCGAUGCACCAAAUUGCGCGUGCUCGAGGCCGACAACACUCACAUCUCUCGGUCGGUUAUGCAAGAGUUUGUCCGACUGUCUCGUCAACGUCAAACGGUAGACGCGAAGUUGGUGGCGGUCGACUGUCGUCACAUUGCCGAACGUGAUGUCAAGGAUCUGACGCCCCUGACCCGACCUCGCAUGGGCUGGCGGGGAUAUGAUGCGAGGAAACUCGGGUUCCUGGAUGAGAGGGACGAUGAGGGCCUGGAUGUCGGUCAAGACGAAUGCGACCAACAACGGGUGGUCUUGAAGACAUUUUACUCGUGGCAAACGGUCGAUGCAGUCAGGGCGGCGAGGGAGAAGAAGCGCAAGGGCAAGUCGAGGCGGAACAUCAACAAUUCUGAUGGCAGUAUCGAUGGUGAUUCUACAAUCGGCAGGGAUGGGACUCGCACCAGGUGGUGGUCGCCAGGAGGUAGGCGGAACGGUACGGUCUCCCCGACAUUUCUCGAUCUCAACGAUCGUGAGGGCUGUAUAGUAAUGUGA